AUGGACAACCAGGAUAAGUACAUCAAAAUGCUUGAAAAUCAAGUUGGUCAAAUAGCUAGUUCUUCUUCCUCAAGAGUACAAGGAAAUUUUCCCUACAAACCUGAAUUGAAUCCAGUGGAGCACUACAAGGCAAUCGAGCUAAGAAGCGGACGGACCUUGGGUAUUCCCCAAGUGACCGCUAUAGUUGAAGAUGGAAUUAAUCAUAGUGAAGAGUCGUCUACUCCCUCCUUCAUUCCAGAGCAGGAAAAGAAGGAAGAGGAGAUUACUAUUGAGGUUGGAGAGCUCUCACCUGCAACUAAAAUUCAAACAGUUCCAUUUCCUCAAAGAUUGCUCAAAGCGCAGAAGGAUGCAGAGUUUGAGAAAUUUCUGGAAAAGAUCAAAGAAAUUUGUAUUGAUAUACCAUUGUUGGGCACUCUAUACCAAAUGCCCAAAUUUGCCAAGUUCAUGAAGGAUAUAAUUUCAAAUAAAAGGAAGAAGGAAGGGUUUGAGACAGUUGCCUUAACUGUGAAAGUUAGUGGAUUGCUUUUAAACGCUUUACCUCCUAAGCUCCAAGAUCCAGGUAGUUUUUCGAUACCAUGCAAAAUCAAAGGUACAAUUAUUGAUAAAGCCUUUUAUGAUCUUCGAGCUAGUGUUAGUCUCAUGCCAUAUUCCAUUUGUAAGAAAUUGGGGUUGAGUGAUUUGAAGCUGACAACUAUCGCACUUCAACUAGAUGAUUCCAUAUACAAAUAUCCUUUAGGAAUAGUUGAAGAUGUGAAAGUGGAGAUAAGGAAUUUUAUUAUCCCCAUAAAUUUUAUUAUCCUUUAG